CCAAACAAAAACCAAAACAAAACACGAAAGGGAAAAAAAAAGCAACCCAAAAAAAAAAAAGGAAAAAAAAAAGGAAAAAAAAAUUUAAAAAUGUAGAGGAUCUGGCCAUAAAUAAUGAGCCCAGGAACUCAGUGCUCAAGUGAUAGAAACUGGAGUGUGUGGAGAAGAGGAACAGUGCCUUGCUCUGUCUUGCUGCUGGACUGGCAAGGAGCUGGUGAGAGGUAUCAAAGGGAAAAAGGUUCAGAAAGUACAGCACAAAAAGUUCUUCCCUUUGUCCUGCACUUUUUUUUUUUUUUUUUUUUUUUGGGUUUCUGCCCUUUUUACCUGCCAGUUUGGGUGAGCACACUGUUAAUUCAUGAAACUGUUGAGCCAGGCACUGCUGAACCCCCUGGAUCAGCAGAAAUGUCAUUUUGGAGAGCUCCAGACUGGCCCCUGCUCCUCUGAAACUCUUGCAUUUAGGAAAAAAAAAAUGUUUCCUGCUGUUCUUGACAUUUUCUUAUUAUCUGUGUGUGCUUAAUCCUUCUCUGUGUCAUGCUGAGCUUAUGAAAAAGCAAUUUAGGGGCUUUAUUCCAAGGAAAAUUGGGAGUUAGCAGCUUUUCCCAGUCCUCAUGCACGGGCAUAUGUUACAUGCAGUGAUUAGGAAAGGCAGAAGGGAACAGCACUGCUGACUUCAACUGUGCAGGAUCUGGGCUUGGAGCUCCUGGCCCCACUCUGAAGUCGUGCCUCUGAUUUCGGGGCUGCAGCUAUUUGAGUCCUGUUACAGAGCAAGGGCUUUCGCAGGUGGUCCAAAGCACUUUGAUCAUUUGUGGUUUGGGUUUUUCCCUGGCUGAUGUGUGUGGCCCGGGUGCAAAACAUCAGCAGCCGUCUGCUGAACCUGACAGCAGCUUUGCCCCAGAAAAGGUAAGCAAAGUCACUUCUUUAAACUGAUAUUUCCAACCUGCUCCUCAGGGGGACUCCAGACCUACUUCCCUGCCUCUGCCUCGGGCCAGACUGCUCUCCCUGAACUAUCUGGCACACAGCCCUCAUCUCCUGGUGCUGUUCAGAUAAUUACACUCAUUAAAGGAGAUGUCAGGUUAAUUCUGAUGCAGCAAUUGGGCUUUGGCACAGGAGGUACCACGGCUUGAUCUCUGGCAAACACAGAGGAGUUCCACCAGGGUCAGAGGUGUGAGCAGAGGGACCCUAAAGCCGACCCAUGGCAGGGCGUAGGAGGGAUGAAUCUGGUGGAAAUAGGGAAAAAAAAUUAAAAAUAAGUAAACAAAUAUAAAUAAAAUAAAUUAAAAAAUGGGAAAAUUAAAAAAAAAAUUAAAAAUAGGCAAAACAGGGAGUGCUGCUGUUUGGGAUUGGGAUCCCAGACCUUCUGGCCACCUUCUUCAUAGGGUCCCAAUGAUAAAUAACACAGAGAACAAACAUUUCCACUUCCCCUGAAGCUGCUGAAUAGAGCUUAAAGACUAACUGGCACACAGAAAGAUAAAACGAUGUCGAGGCGUGUCCAGAGGGUGACAAAAACGUGUCUGGGACAGUGGAGGAACAGGUAAAGAGGCCUCCAGUGGGUUUUUGGCAAAUUAUGGAAAAAAAGAAGCAACAGAAAGAAAGUUAGAGAAGUUUAUCCCUGCUAAUUUUGGUGCCAUUUCUGGUGAACCCACACGGGAUAACUGCCUGGUGUCCCCUGAGGCUCCGGGAUUUUCCAUGCUGGCGCUUCCCUGGAGAAAUUCAGAUUGCCCCAGGUUCAUUUGGGACACAGGCAGGAUCCCACUGUGACAUUGAGGCAUUCUCUUGAGUUUGGGGAUCCUGCCAAAAGACACCUGAAAAUUGGCAUUUUGGAAUUGGGUACUUUAGAGUUUAACAUCUUGAAUAUCUUGGGUUACUUUGAUGUUUUGAAGCUUGAUGCUCUGGUAUUUUGAGGCAGAAUUAUUUCAGUAUUUUGGAACUUGGUAUUCUAAUAUUUUGAAACUGGGUUACGUUGGUAUUUUGGAACUUAGUAUUUGAAUAUUUUAAAUGUGUGUUACUUUGGUAUUUGAAAACUUGGCUCUCUGGUAUUUUAAAACAGAGAUUUUGAAACCUGGUUUUCUAAUGUUUUGGCGGAACAGCUACCAGCAUUUAGAUUGCCAAUGAAAAAAUGAAAGUUUAAGAUUUAGCUGUAAAGUCCUGUGCAUAGAGAACUGAAAAGGCCAGCUGCAGGCAUAGAUAAGAGAGAAAUAAAGAUAAGAAAACAUUUGGGAGGAAGGUAAAAGUUGCCUGGCUCUUAUUUUCAUGGGACAAGCCUCAGAUGGUAUUAGAACAAAACUACCAAAAAUCCAAGAAAUGGAUGGUUUUAAUACAGGUAAACUAUUUGACGUUGCACGGGCAGUGUAUCAAAAUGUGCAAAUCCAAAAAAAAGAAAAGAAACAACAGGAAAAAAAUAUACAGAAAAUGAUAGCAAUUAUAAAAGAAAACAGCAAAAAAUUCUUACCCCCAGGGAGCAGCCUUGUAACAAGGGAAGGGGUUCAGUUCCUCACUCUUCAUUGGGAAGAUUGGGAACUAAUCAAUACACAAUUGACAAAAUAAAUAUAAAUAUUGGAAGUGGGAGCCUGCUCAGGUAAAACCCAGGACUCCUCCAGAGCCUCUCAUGGCAACAGCAGAGCCUCUGGUAACAGCCACCCUAAGAAAUGAAAACCUGGGAUUUUUAGUAGGCACAGGAACCAAUUCUUCACUAUUAAAUACCAAUUAUUCACUAUUAAAUACCAAUUAUUCAGUAUUAAAUACCCUGCCAGGGAAGUUUAGGGAUGCCUCCAUUACAAUCACUGGUGCCACUGGAACUCGUAAACUCUGCCCUUUUUCAAACCACUGAAGUUCAAACUAGGAAAAUCAUAAAUAACCCCUCAAUUUUUGCACCUGUCUAACUCUCCAAAACUGUUAUUAAGGAAAAAAAAAAAAAAAACAACAAAAAAAACCCAACAAAACUUACUGGGAAAAUUGCGUGCAAAAAUCAAGUUUCAGGAGGGAGACAUUGAAAUUAAGAUCCCCAAGUCUAAAUACAUGUAAACUUCAAUUUUUACAUUACCCUGACUUCCCAAUCUGCACCUGUCCCAAAGAGAAUUAAGGGUGCAGUAAUCCCCUUUGUGUGGGCCAGGGAGAUUCCUGGAAAAUCAAAAAGAGCAGAACCUGUGAGAACCAAAUUAAAUCAGACAAUGGCCCGGUAAGACAAAACCAAUAUCCUUUAAAAUUAAAGCAUUGAAAAGGCUCAUUACCUAAGAUUAAGACAAUUCUAAGGUACGAGUUUGUUGGUGAACUCCAAUUUUGCCAGACAAAAAUGUUUAAAAGUAAAGAUUAUCAGUUAGUACAAGACUCAGGAGCAAUUAAUAAGAUUGCUAACUAACCCAAAAAUUGCUAAAUUUACCAAAACACUCAUAACCACACUUAAAAAAAAAAAAAAAAGGUAAAUAAAUAAAUAAAUAAAUAAAAUUGGCUCACUGUAAUAGAUUUAAAGGAAUUUUGGAUUGUUGAUCCACCCUUUGUAUGGACUUUAAAAUAUUUUAUAUAUUAAUAGCCACAUAUAGUUUAUAGCCAUGAAUACUUUUAAAUACAGAAAGACUUUUAAAUACAGAAAUACUUUAUUAUACGGCCUGAUGAUACUCAGGCUGCUUUCAAAUGACUUAAAAAGCCCUAAUGAGGUCUCCAGCUUUGGGCUUCCUAGAUCCUGUGAAAUCUUUUGAAUGAUUCCCUCAUGCCAAGGCUGGCUCAGCUGUUUGUGAGCAGUCACAGCUACAGAGCUGCAGAGAUGUUAAACCAGAAUAUGGCACAAAAAUUCAUCAGUUAAUCAGAGCAUUAUAUUCUAAAUUUCAGCCAGGUGGAUGGGCAGUCACCCCUGCUGGACAAGGAAUAGUUUCUGAGGGAAUAAAGUCGGGAUGGAGGCUAUGAAAUAUAGAAACUCUCCUGGAGAUAAUUGGCAAAUUGACUUUAAUGAACUUCCAUGCAAAGAGAGCUGUACAUUUCUUUUAGUGGAUCCCUGUUCUGGGUGGCCUGAAGCAUUUCCCUGUUGCACCAACACGGCAAAAGAAGUAGUGAAAUUAUUUCUAAAUCAAAUAUUUCCAUGCUUUGGAGCUCCUCUAGGAAUGUCCUCAGACAGAGGGUCUCGUUUUAUAGCAGGAACUGUGGGACAAGGUAGCAAGGCCUUGGGAAUCCAGUGGGAUUUACACACUCCAUGCUGGUCACAAGCCAGUGGAAAGGCAGGAAGAAUGAAAUACACUAUUAAACUUAAAUUGUUAUCCCCAGCCAGGAUAAACUCGAGGGAAAAGAAUGAAUAGCCUUGCAACUGGAGUAUUGCUCACAUCUGUAAGAUGUAUCUCAAUAAUUCACCAAAAUCUUUGCUUGCCAAAAACACCUUUGGAGUUUCACGGAGGGGCUCGACAUGAAAAUUCCUACGAAAAUUACAAGUAGCUAAGGUAUUAAAUAUAACUGAUUGCUGGAUAUGUUCUCAAGGCAUGUUGGUAGGAAUGAGGCUCCACAGAACCACGUGGCCUUAAGGAAAAAUUUGCCAAUAUAUGACAAGAAAUUUACCCUUACAUCAGGGGUGAGUUUGAAGCCCAGCAGACAAAAAUGGAUAGAAAAAGCAAGAGAAGAGUGGCAGAAAGAAGAAAACUCUUUGAUGAGGUUGGCUUAACUCAUGGCUGCCAAGCUGGGCACUGCUACAGAACGCAUUUGUGGCAGUCAUUUGUAACCACUGCAGAGUGUUUACCUGUUUGUGUUUACUUGUUGUAACCCUUUGCGCUGAAAAAUGAAAAGUCAAGUCUUGUGACUUGCCUAAAAGAGACAGUCUCAAGAAAAAAGGAGGGAUUUGAUAAAUAACAAAGAGAAUGAAACAUUUCGGCUCCCCUUAAGCUGCUGGGAGAGAGCAGAGUCUUUUUUUACGUGUUCAUUUCAGGUGAGUGUGAGAAGAGGCUGCUGCUCCCCGCAUGUUUGGUGCCAGGAUUCCAUGCAAGCCACAGCUGCAGAGACCCAUGAAGUGCCAGUCAGCUAAAGAAAAGUCUCUAGGACAUGAAAAAGGCAAUUUUUUGGCAAUGCCCUUCACAAAAUAUUUUGCAGUUGGAACAACAAGAGAUGGAAAUAGCGUGGAGAUAAUUAAAACCUAUGAUUUCUGACUGAGAGCACACAGAAAGAUCAAAUAUUUAAUCAUGAAAAAGGACUUUAUAUAAAACAUGAAAUAUUUAUAUAAAACAUGAAAUAUUUCAUCAUGAAAAAGGACUUUAUAUAAAACCAGAAAUAUUUGUUUUGAUGCAAAAUGGGGAUGGGAGGGGGGCUCAGCAUCUCAGGGGUAAGGCGACAAUACCAGGGUGAUUUAAUUCCCUGAUACAGAAACUUCAGUGCUCCAUGGAACUUCCCUGACUGCAUUAACAUAAAAUGGUUUUAGUGUUCAGAAACAUCCUUGUUCAUCUGAAAACAAGGAUUGAAUGGAUGGUUUUUGAAGAAAAAUGGCCUUGGCAAGAGGAGGAAGCUCGUGUGGCUCUGUCACCCCUUUCCCUUGGAGUUCUCCCAGUGAAUGCCAGGUUGGACACUGGGGCUUGGAGCAGCCUGGCACAGUGGAAGGUGUCCCUGCCAUGGCAGGGGUGGCACUGGAUGGGCUUUAAGGUCCUUUCCACCCCAAACCAUUCCGUGGUUCUUCUUACCAAGGCCACUGCCCAUCCCUUGAUCCCUACACAGGGACCAGCUGGGAGAGGAUGCAUGGACACGCGUGCCACUUGCAAAGCUUCUGAAAUGCAAUGUUUCCAAUUUGCAUGCAUCUGGCAGCAUUUGCAUUGCCCAGCUGUGUGUGUUUGUGUGUUUUUGUGUGUGUACAAGCCGUGCUCCUUCACACAUGGGCUGAAAGGGGAAGGCAAUCUGGCUCUGGAAAGAAAAAAUGGUAAAGGUGGGAGGCUGCUCACCCAGCUGUCCAAAACAAAGACAUUUUAAAAGUUUUUUUAAGAUCUGUUACCAAUGCUGGGAACAAAAGUAAAUAUUGGUCACGUUACAUUAGUCUGAUUCUACUGAAAUCUUGUAAAAUGGUUGUUGUGUGUUAUGGCACCUUGCUCUUGGAUAUUUGUGAAAAGGUUUUAAUGGGUUUUAACAGAACGUUGCUCUCCAUGGUUUCCUUAGCUCAGUGUUUGGUUUGUACAUGUUCUGGAAUCUCUGUAACAGAGAAAUAUCAGACUCUCAAACUGUCUUCUGUGAGCUGGUGACAGCAAAAAAAAAACCUCUGUACAUCUCCACGGUUAAUCUCAAAACACCUUCCUGUCCUGAAAACACAAUUCAGGCCGUUCAUGUGCUUCCUCCCAGGCCACUGAAGAAUGUGAGAACAGAUGCAGAGCAGAUUUUUGUUCAAUUUUUUGUGUGUACAUAUACUAUAACUGCACAGGUAUAAUCUCACACCAUUUUCCAUUUGUAUUUAACUAAAGCAGAUGUAAAGUUAAUUACAAGAUUACUGUGAGCUAUAAAUACGAGAAAAAAAUAUCAGAUCUGAGGAAUACUCUAUUUAAGGAUAAAAUGAAUUAAAAUAUAAGUGCCAGAAGUACUUUUGAAAUAUUGUCAAAAUUCAUUAGUGAAUCAUUGCAAAAAUGCACUUCACUGUGGGAGCAGUUCCAGUAAACCAAGACUGCAGUUCUCCUUGUUUCAUGCUUUUGAGAAUUCCCACUGAAGUCAAUGGGAGUAUUCUUGGGGGUAAAAGGAGCAGGAUUUGGUUCCAGGGACAUCUGGCUGGACUUCCACAUGAACUUAAAUCCUGCAAUGCAAACCUUUUGAUUGCCUGGGAAGGGGAAUUUGAGCAAAAGGAAGGCACUGAGGUGAUCUGGGGGAGUCUACACGGAACAUUCCUGGUCAGAAGGCAGAGAUUUCCAUGAAACCUGCAGCUCUGGCCAUGGUUAACUUGGUUUGCUGUGUUUUCAGCUGGGGAGCCAGACACAUUCCUUUUUAAGAAGGGGGAAGGUGGAAGGGUUGCCCUUCCCCUGGUAAAAACUGCCCCAUCCUGGUGCUCUAAAAUAGCAGCAGGGCAGCCUGUGGCUCACUGGAAUGAGCAACUCAAGCCUUAAACUCCUCUCACCAGGUUCAUUUAUGGAGAUGUGUAAUAUUUUUGGCACUGUAAGGAUCUGGGGUUUGCUUUGAUAAUUUUCCUCUCACUCAAAAUUUCUAUUAGAUUUAUAGCCAGGUGUCCAGCUCAUGAAUCUCUUACAAGGUUAAAUGAGUGAACAUUGUUGCUGUUUGGAUCUUUCUCACUUGAAAAGGGAAAGGGAAUAGGAGAAGCCCCUUCUCACCUCAGCAUGUCCUGAGCAGCUGACCCAGCUUCAAAAAUGUGACUCAUGGCCCCUCCAGCAAAAGGAUCAGGAGCAGUUUCUGGGUUGGUGCAAGAGCCCCACAGGAGACAAAGGUGAUGAAGAUGAGAGGAACCUGGCUGGGUGUGCCCCUGGGACACCUGCUGGCUCUGAGACACAGGCACAAAUGGAGAAACAUGAUGGAUUCCAGAAAGUUCAGGCUGUUUGUCUGCCUGGUGGGGCUCAGCAGUGCCAGCAUCUGGGUUUUCCACACCUGGACUGAAUUCUGUCUGUUCUGUGAGAGCAGCCAGGGUUACCUGUUCCCCACGGAGACUUUCAGGAGGAUGGAAGGGAACUUCUCCCAGCUCCCAGAUGUUGACUGCCACAAGAACCCUCCCUUCCUUGUCCUGCUGGUGGCAUGCUCCUUCCAGCAGCUGGAUGCCAGGAUGGCCAUCAGGCAGAGCUGGGGCAAGCAGAGGACAGUGGCUGGGAAGCGCCUGGUGACGUUGUUCCUGCUGGGGAGCCCUGUGGAUCCCAGCCAGCAGGCUGACAUGGCUGCUGAGAGCCAGAGGUACAGAGACAUCAUCCAGAAGAACUUUACAGACACCUAUUACAACCUGACCCUGAAGACCAUGAUGGGAAUCGAGUGGAUCCACAGGUUUUGCUCCCAGUCCAGCUUCGCCAUGAAAACCGACACGGACGUGUUUGUCAACGUUUUUUACCUCACCGAGCUGCUCCUGAGGAAAAAGAAGAGCACUGGAUUCUUCACAGGCUUUUUAAAACUGCACGAGUACCCCAUCAGGACAAGAGGGAGUAAGUGGUAUGUGAGUAGGGAAGAGUAUCCAGGAACCACCUACCCACCCUUUUGUUCAGGGACUGGAUAUGUUUUAUCCAGCGACGUAGCCAGCCAGAUCUAUAACAUUUCUGAGAGUGUUCCAUUCAUUAAACUGGAGGAUGUGUUCAUAGGGCUGUGCCUAGACAAACUAAAAAUUCAGCUGGAGGAGCUUCACUCGGAGCAGACGUUUUUCCCAGAAAGGAUCAGGUUCUCUGUUCCUCGCUUCAGGAAAAUCGUGACGUGCCAUGGAAUAAAACCAGCUGAGCAGCUGGGCUACUGGAACCACUUGGUGGCAGCCACUCAAGGAGGAGUGCUCUAGCACCUCCCCUGCUCCACUCAACAGACUGAAAUUCUCUGCUUUUACAGGGCUGCUCCCCACUCCAGCAAACUCCCAAUUAACUCCAGCUCCGUCACGUUAAAGGCUUUAGAAAUGGUUAUUUGAAUCACAGAACCAGAGAAUUGUCAAGGUUGGAAAAGAUCUCCAAGAUCAUUGAGUCAAACCUUUGGCUAGACACCACCUUGCCAACUAAACCAGAGCACUGAGUGCCACAUCCAGUCAUUCCUUGAACACCUCCCUGGGCAGCCCCUUUUAGUGCUCAACCACCCUUUCUGUGAAAAAAUUCCCUACUUCUGCCCAAGAACAUGCAAACCUCCUUCUAUCCCAUUCACUCCCACCUCUGUGCAUCCCUCCUCUACACAAGUUACAAUUAUUAUUUUUUUCCUGAAACAUCCAGGCCUGCUAACCCACCCUCCAACUCUUGCUGCCAGAGGCCUGGGAACAUUUCUGCUGUGCCAAACAAAAAAGUCAAAGCACUUUUGUUCAGGGAAUAAAAUCUGCACCAUCUUCCCGGUCGCCCUUGAUAAAUUACUGCACCCAUCUGUGCAGGCACUUCAGGGAUGAUAUUUGUAGCUGUCAGGAUGCUCCCUCCUGGCACAGGGAGCUGCAGCCCUGCCCUUGCAGCCAGCUCUGAGUGGGCUGAGCUGCAUCCUGGCACAGAUCCCUCCAGUCUACACCAAUUUUUUUUUGCAGAGAUGGUGGAAUCUGCCCGUGCAAUGCUCUCAGGACAACCUUGGGCACUGCAGGUCACCCGGUGGAGGUGGAAAAGCUGCUGCAGCUGUUUCCCUGUGUGUGCUUCCUGCUGAAAAUAAUCCGUGGUGGAGCCAGUGCAGGGUGUCCUGCUCUUCCUGUUAAAAGAGACCCUGGAGACAUCUUUUAUAUUUGUGUCUCACUUUGAUUGCCUGAGCUCUACUGUGAAUGGUUUGCCAAGGCUAAACUAGAGUCACUUAGAGUGAUUUAGACAUUUUUUUUUUCCAAGGAGAAACUGGGUGUGUGAGGGAGAAGACAGGAGGAUUUUUCUCUUUUUUUUUUAACAAGACCUAGUGGAAAAUGUGCUCAAGUAAUCAUUCAGGCUGGGAGCCCUAUUUCUUAUUUCAUUCCCAAGCAAAGACUCAUGAAAUCUCUGGGAUGAUUAUAAGUUUCAGAGAUAAGGAGAGGGGUCUUUACAGCAGAUGCUGAAAAAUCCUUCAGGGCUCUGAGGAGGGAGAAAGGAGCUCAGAAAUCCUCCCUUAUGCAAUGGUCCUGUUUGAUUUUCCUGCAGGCACAGGCAAGGUCAUUGUUAUCAGCAUGGAAUGCCUGUAAUGACUGUGGGAAGGGUUUUUUCUAUAAUUCAGUGAAAGUGGAGCUGUUCCCAAGGGGAGCUGAGGGGAUCCAACAUCCAGCAUGGAAAAAGCAUGGAAGAAAGACAGGAAAACAGACUUUAUUGUUUUGGAGUUAUUUAUUUUUAUUGUUUUUCUUUUCAUUGAAAAGAAAAAUUCUUCUUUCUUUUCCUUCCUUCCUUCCUUCCUUCCUUCCUUCCUUCCU